GUAAAGCAUGAUUUUGGUUAUGUUAUGCUUGCAUAACCUCUAAUUUUUUGCUUUAAUGUACUAUUUUAUUUAUUAAUAAUUUAACAUGGAUUUGUUUGUAGUAAAUAGACCUGAAGAAACAAAUAGGGUGGUUGACGAAAGUGGUAACAUUACGCGACUUCUGAAGAAAAUUGAAAAGAGAAAACAACAAAGAAUUAAACGCAAUGAAACCAAGAAUCCCAUCAAAAAUAUUAUUAUCAACAGAAAAAAGGAGAGGAUUAGAAAAAAACGUGAAAUGCAAGCAGACUUACAAUCUGACACUCGCAGUUUGAAUGAUCCAAUUGAUGGACCUUCCAAUCUUGUGGAAGCUACUGAGCAGAGUGAAGAACAAAAUGUGGCUCCUAAAGUGGAAGGUGAAGGGUUUACAAUUUUGGGAACGGACAAAUACGAUAAAAAGCCCAAGAUAAAACGCAUACUUCCAAAGUGGUUAUCAAAUCCGACAUUGAUUACGGUUAAUUUACAGGAUUUGCAAUGCAAAGUAUCAAACAUGAAAUGUCUCAAUAAAACACUUAGGAAAACCUUGAAAGAUAACGGCGUGAAGCACUUUUUUCCGGUCCAAGCAGAAGUUAUUCCAUGGUUAAUUAAAUCGCAUCAACAAUCGAAUCUUAUUAUACCAAGAGAUAUCUGUGUAUCAGCACCUACAGGUAGUGGGAAAACAUUGGCAUUUGUGCUACCUGUAAUACAGUCAUUAAGCUGUUUUGUAACGAAGAAAAUACGUGCCUUGGUUAUACUACCUACACAAGAUUUAGCAUUUCAAGUUUACAAGACAUUUGAUAAAUAUGUGAGAGGUACACAUUUGAAGGUGUCGUUAAUUACAGGAAAAAGUACAUUUGCUCAAGAGCAAAAUGAGCUUAUAAUGAAAAACAAUGUAUUUGGAUAUUACAGUAAAGUAGACAUUCUUGUAUGUACAGCAGGGAGAUUAGUACAUCAUUUAAAAGAGACCAAGGGUUUUGAUUUGAGUGAACUGAAAUUUUUAAUCAUUGAUGAAGCCGACAGAGUUUUAGACAAUAUUCAGAAUGACUGGCUUUAUCAUUUGGAAGAGCACAUUCACCAACAUGAUUUUCGAAUUCUAAACCUGUUUACACUUGACAAGCCAAGACCCCCACAAAAACUAUUGUUCUCCGCUACUUUGUCACAAGAUCCGGAAAAAAUACAAAAAUUGUCACUGUUUCAGCCGAAAUUAUUUACAUCAGUUGUUGAAGAUUUCAAAGCCGAUAAAAUUAGUACAGAUUCCUUUAUUGGCAAAUAUACUACGCCAAAAGAAUUAACUGAAAAAUAUAUUCAGUGUUCUGCAGACUUGAAACCAUUGGUUUUAUAUCAAUUCAUCAAACAGGAAAAUUUAAAGAGAACAUUAGUUUUCACUCACUCAGUCAAAAGUGCACAUAGGCUGGCCAUUUUAUUACAGUUAUUCUUUAAGGAUCAACGAAAAGUUGUGGAAGUUUCUUCAAGAUUUUUAACCAAGCAACGUAAUAAAUUAAUUGAAGAGUUUUCAAGAGGAAUCGUAGAUAUAAUUAUUUGCACAGAUAAAUUAGCACGAGGUAUUGACUUGGCCAGUGUGAAAUGCGUUAUUUCAUACACUUCUCCCAAAUUUUUGAAAACUUACAUUCACAGAGCUGGCCGUACCGCUAGGGCUGGAGAGCUUGGUUUGGCCGUUACAAUUCUAAAUCAUUCAGAGGUGCAAGGGUUUCAGGGUUUGUUGAAUGCAGCAGGAAAAGGGAAUUUGGAAGAGAUUUUAAUAUCAGAAGAGGUGCUAGAACCUUUAAGUGAGCAGUACACGGAAGCCCUGGAAGGGUUAAAAAAAUUGGUGAAAAAGGAAAGUCAAGAAAGUGUAAACAAAGUUAAAUUAACUAAGAAGAAGGUGAAAACGAAUGCAAGGAAGUGAUAUCUUAUUGUUUUUUAUUGUUACUAUUUAGGUAAAUACAUUUUAUGUUGAUUUCAA